AUGGAGCUCCGGGCAUACCAGGCGCGGAUUCUCGAGGAAAUCCUGGCGUCUGGGAACACUCUGGCGGUGCUGCCAACGGGCGCUGGCAAGACGCUAAUAGCCUCAGAGCUUAUCCGUCGACUAGGACCUCCAUGCCUCUUCCUUGUGCCGACUUGCCUCCUCGUGGAGCAGCAGGCUAAAGCAGUAAGAGAUUGGACAAGGCUGCAGGUUGCGGAGUUCAUGGGCGGUAUGUCCCCUCCUGUGCACUUCGAUGUCCUAGUCUCGACCCCAAAAGCGUUCCAGAUGACACAGUCCAAAGGAGCUGCCGUGUUCCAAUGGGAUGCUUUCAAGCUGGUGGUCUUUGACGAAGUUCAUCAUGUCUUGAAGGAUCAUCCCUACCGUAGGCUGGCGCUGUCGCUGUCAAAGCUACAGCUUGGACUUGGACCGCAAAUCCUAGGCUUGUCGGCCUCUUUGACCUAUGCAGUUGGAGAGGGAAAGGUGCAGAAGGAUGUAACGCGGAUUUGCCGCGAGCUGCAAAUUCGGCACAUGGCCACUGCCGGUGGCGAGGAGCUUGCAACUGGUGGCUACCACAGCAAGGCGGCGGAGCCAGUUCUUCCAGCCAACCUUCCCAGCUUCGUGCCGGAGGGCGUGUUGCCAGCUGCAGACCGCAAACCACAUCUCAUGGCGAAGACAUUCUUCGACCGCCUGCAACGCGGAAUGUCGACCCAGUUCACCAAGAAGCUAUUCUCGGUGGUUCAGUGCCUGGAAACAGCUGUGGCAGCUGUGGAUGCUGGUUUCAAGUCUCCUCUGCAGAAUCCUGCUCCCAGGACUUGGGGAGAUUACGCGCACAAGAGGAUCCCAAUAUGUUCGAAGCUUGCGUCGCUGGAACACUGGUAUGAAGCCCUGAGAAUGCUUGCGACAUCGUGGGAAGAAGCAGAAGAUGCUGCCACAGCAUAUUUGCAAAUGGUGGGGGAAAGGGAGCCCAGAGCAGGCCUCUGGCCACCUGUGGCUGAAGCAACUUUGGCACAGUUCUGGCACGAGGCAGGGGAUUCUUUCCCGCGCUUCGAGCACUUAAAGGAUGCAUUGCUCUAUGAACAUGCCACCCUUUCCCAGACGCAUGGCUCGUUCCGCGGCAUUCUCUUCGUGCAGCAGCGGAUCAUGACACACGUCCUGGAGCAUGUCAUCCUAACCGACGGCGAGCUUGUGAGCAAGUUCAAGCCGGCGUGCAUCUAUGCCACUUCGUCACCCGCCACGGCCUCCUACAGCGUCUCGGCCGCGGACUCCAAAGCCCGCCUGGCCCAGUUCGCAGAUGGAAGAGUGAACUUGCUCAUUGCGACGGUGGUCGCCGAGGAGGGCAUGGAUGUUCCGGCAGCCAACUGCGUCAUCCGCUUUGACCCCAUGAUCAACUCAGUGUCCUUUGUGCAGGGCCGGGGUCGUGCGCGCCAAGAGGACUCCUCUUUCCUUGUGCUUUCUGAGCGCCCGGACCGACCAACCUCGUCCCUGGCCGCCGUGGAAGCGCAACAGCUGGAGAAGAUCGUACGCAGCUUCAAGCCUGAACGUGUCGCCACAGACACCCGCGAUGAGACGGCGGCGCAGCGCUCGCGAGAGCGGAAUGCCAGAGAAGUGUUGCUGACAUCCGACAAUGCGUCGACCAGCGCCCUUGCAGCGCUAAAUCUGUAUUGCAAGAAGACCAAGGUUGAAUUGCAGGAGGAGCACCGUACGGAUGGCAAGGACUUCACGUGCAUCUUGAAGUAUGAGUCGGUCUUGCGGUCUAUUGAAGCAAUAGGCUGCUAUGGUCUCGGAGGUCGGGCAGCUGAAGGCAAGAAACAAGCCAAGCGAGCUGCAGCCGCCGUGCUCUUAGAGAAGUUGAGCCAGCAGGAGCCGUGA